CUUCUAGUGAAUUUGUGCUGCAGUGGUCUGAGCUUAGACUGAGUGUCUUUACCUGGAACGAAAACCAACAUUAGACAAGUAGUGUCUUCUUUAUAUUCUACCGGUGGUUUUGGACUACAAGUAGUGAAGUGGCUCGAAACUUCAGGAAGUGUGUCUCUGCCCUCGCAUCUUUUCAGACGACUUACUAGAGAUCAGAGACGACCCAUUACUGAUUUGGGUGUGGACUGUCAUUCCUAACCUUUCCAGGCGGAUGUGACUAAUUCUACAUCUGAUUAGAUUUAUUUCAUUCUAUCAUAGUACAUUCUCAUGACGUGUAGCUUGUGCUGUUGACCAACUGGUUCUCUCUUAUAUUUUUUUUUCAUUACUUGUUCCUUAUUCUGAUUUAUAACUUUUAUGUCAAGUGGUCAAUUCAAAAUAAUUCUCGCUUUUCCAUUCACUCUAAGUGGAUACCAGUGGGGAUGUGCGGAACUCAGUUUGACUAGGCCCUGUUCUGCUUUCUUUCUCGCAAUUACUUUUCACUAACGUUAAUUGCGUUCCUUCUAUGCAAAUGCAACAUCUGGAAAUCCAGUAUGGAUAAAUACUUGUAUUCAGUACCAGUGAAUACUGUUGCUAUAAUUCUCCUUCAACGUAUUUGAGCAUGGAUGAAUGGACCUUAAACGACUUGCUAGAAUGUUCAGUGUGUCUGGAACGUCUAGACACAUCAAGCAAAGUAUUACCAUGUCAGCAUACUUUUUGCAAGAAGUGUUUGGAGGAAAUCCAUGUGACCAAAAAGGAACUCAGAUGCCCAGAGUGCCGUGUGCUGGUCGAAACAAGCAUAGAUGACUUGCCUCCAAAUGUACUACUUAUGCGAAUUUUGGAGGGUAUGCGAAAUGCUGCUCCGAAACGAAGAAGUAGUGGUGCUCCAGCCAUACACCAUCAAAGAUCACACUCUCAACCUGUCUCUGGAACCAUUUUUCCACCAACAACCAUUGCAGCUGCUGUCCCUGCGUCUGUGUCGCAACAUGCACCCCUUUCCUCUGAAAAUGCUGUAAGGAGUCAUUCCAACACAAAACAAGUUCCUGUCCUAACUCAACCAUGUGCAAGAGCUGUGUAUGAUUACAUAUCCAAGGAACCUGGGGAUUUAAGCUUUAAAAAGGGAGAUAUAAUUACACUGAAGAAACAAGUUGAUCAGAAUUGGUACCAUGGUGAAAUUGGAGGUGUGCAUGGUGUAUUUCCAAUAUGUUAUGUGCAGAUAAUGCCUCCACCUGCGAACAUACCACAAUGUAAAGCUCUAUAUGAUUUUAGAAUGACAAAUGAUGAAGAAGAGGGUUGUUUAACAUUUUCUAAGGGAGAUAUCAUUACUGUAAUAAGAAGAGUUGAUGAAAAUUGGGCUGAAGGCCGUUUAGGUGAAAGAGUAGGAAUUUUCCCCAUAGCAUUUGUUGAAAUGAAUGGUGUUGCACGUGCUUUUAUGAAAUUAUCUUCCAAUAUCCAACCUGGGCCAUCCAGGCUUGCUCCACCAACUCCAACAACUGAGGAAACAACCCCUCUUAUACCAACUGACCACACACAUGCUGCUGUACCAUCACAGCCUCAAAACUUGUCACCUCAGCCGGCAGGCCAAUCUCAGGCCCUGCAUCAACCUUCACCCCAAACUUUGCAGCCUCAUAGUCAAACCUUAAAUCAAAUCCAGCCACAACUGCCUCAAGCUUUAUCUUCGCAGGCAGCAGCUCACCAAAAUCAAACCCAGUUCUCAACUCAAUCAGUACCCAAGCCACCAUUAAGUGUUGCUGCAAAUUUUCCCCAAACUGACUCUAGCUCAUCAAUCUCGUCAAGCUCUACAACUCCCAAUACAAGUAGCACUUCAUCAAGCUCUAGCUCUAGUACCACACCCUCAUCUCCUGCCUCCCCUCCACCUCGCCCGUCAGCAUCGGCUUGGAGUCCUCAAACAAGGUCUUCUCGACCGACUAGCACUGCAACAAGUACUGCUCAUGAAAGCAGCAAGCGACACAGUCUCAUUGCUCCCCUCUCCACGCCUACUCAUCAAGCCACCUCAAACAGGCAUUCAGCUGAAGUUCUUGGAUCUGGAGAUAUCACUGGAGUUACGGUAGAGCCCUCUGCAAAUGGGGAAUUUGUUAGGCAAGGCAGUGGUCGCAACCAUCGACGCUCAGGAAGCAGUGAAUUGCCACUUUCUAGUGUUGGAAGCAUUCCACCACCACUUCCACAGGGCAUCCAUCAUUGUCUUGUCAAUAACAGCAACCUCCCAGCAACGUAUAUUGCUCUGUACCCUUAUAAACCCCAAAAAGCAGAUGAGCUUGAACUUCGCAAGGGUGGAGUGUAUACAGUCACAGAGCGGUGUCAGGAUGGAUGGUUCAAAGGAACAUCAAACCGAACUCAGAAAAGUGGAGUUUUUCCUGGAAACUAUGUGGCUUUUGUUAAGUCCUUACCAGGUGUUCAAUCACAGCUCCGAAGUGUCCCACGGGGUAGUGUUAAUGCCAGUACUCCUACCCGGUCUGCAAGUAGUGGUGCAGUUUCACCUCAUACCACUAGCACAAGCACUGUUACCUCCACAAGCUCACAGUCUCCUGUAAGCUAUACAAGAGAUCGCAAAUCUAACAGUUCAUCCCCUCAGACUACCAACCUCAGGCCAUCACAACCAGUUGCAUUAGAUCCGCCAACUUUGCCUCCACGCUCUGUAAGCCCUGCACAGAGUUCAACCACUGCUAGCUCUGUGUCUUGGCUAGCUCAUCAAAGUAACCAUACAACUACUGAAGUAACUAGAGCCACUUCCUCUACAUCUCCACAAGCUCCAGCUGGGCAAACAGCUCAAUGUAGUCCUCAAGCGACUACACAUAGUUCUCUGUCCCCAAAUAUUGUUGUAUCUUCUGUACCUUCUACACCUUCUAGUACUCCCCUUAAAUCAUCAUCUGAUAAGGGCAAAGAAAAAAAGGAACGGGGUAGUGUCAGUUUGAUGCGAAGACUUACUAACAUGAAAAAGUCUAAAUCACCACCACCACCAUAUUCUAUGGACAAUCCUGUUUUUGAAGAUGGAUCUGUGUUUGGAACUCCUGUUCAUAGUGUUCAUCAAGCUCACCCUAUUCAUGUCAGGUCUGGCUCAUGUCCAAGCCAACUGCUUCAGCUUCCUCUUCCUGAGUCGUUGUCAACUAUCUCCCCACAACAGUCUCAGCCUCAUCAUCGAGCAGUGCCUGGAGCAGGAGGUUCUCAACGAAUUCGUCACAAGGAACGACCAAAUGUAGUGACAUCAAAUUUCUCACUCAAUGGAAGAUCUGGUGAAGUGGGAGUUUCUGCAUCUGCACCUGUGCCAAAUCCCAACAGUCAUCAUCGGAAAUCUAAUUCUCUUGAUGCUGGCAGUAGCCAAGGAAAUGGUCCAAACGGUCAUACUACAAAUCAGGGAGAGUCAAGCCGGAAAUCAAAACAACUUGUUCAACCUGCUCGAGAACGGUUCCGAUGUGUCGUUCCUUACCCACCUCACUCAGAGUAUGAAUUGGAACUCCGCGUUGGUGAUGUUAUAUAUGUUCAUCGAAAACGUGAAGAUGGAUGGUAUAAAGGGACCCAACAGCGAACUGGUAGAACUGGACUUUUUCCAGCAAGCUUUGUUGAAGCUUUCUGAGACGCAGCUUCCGCUUCCUGUAUGUUUGAGACCUACUUCUAGGUUUAUUGUCAGGUGGCGGAUGAUUGUUCCAUGUUGUAGAUGUUGUACAUGUUGUACUACAAUCUGUCAAAUUACUAGGUUUUAAGUUGUGUUUGUUUUGUAAAGUUAUUUCAGUCCUGUGAUAUCUCAUAGCCAUUCAAGACUAUGCUAUCUAAACGAUUUCAUGUACUAACCAGUAACAUAUAAGUUGGUUGUUAUGGCUGUGGGGAACUGACCAGCCAGCAGAGAGGGAAAGGAAUGUAUGAACUAAGUUAAGAAGUGUACGAUGAACUAUGCAUGUAGUCCCUAUUGUUUUGUUGUUGUUCAGGAACAAUCUUUUUCUUUCUUGCCAGUGUACAAGACAUAAUACCUACAGUAUCGUCAUUUUAAAAUUCUGUAUUUGUUUUAAUUUAGUUUGUCUUGAUUGAGCCACAUUUUUGUGUUCAUAUUUAUUCAUGAGCUUUAUGAGUAUCAAAUUCUCUUGCCUUUAGUUUUAUGUGUACAUACCUUUCUCGUUUCAAUGACUUUAACUAGCCCUAUUAAGGUCUCUUAUUCUUAUUUUUUUGAAAACCUUACAUUGCAUCCUGCAUUACCUAAUUAAUGGGCUGUGCGCUCAAAAUGUACUAUAUACAUCAUGCAUUUUCAUUUCAAUCAUUUGUCAUAUUCUAAUUGAUAGUGCGUAAUUUAACAGAUGGUAUCUAUCAUGUUCAUUCUACGAUAUUGUUGAAGUUUUAAUAAUGUCAAACUUUUUUUGUGCCCCGAAACCAAAUCCAUGACAUAGGUUUUGUAAAUUUGCUUGUCAUCAGCUCAGUUCUGAUCAAGUUGAAGAAUACUGAUUGACAAUUUAACCUGUUUAGUUAUAUACUAGCUUUGACUUUGAUAAAGACCUACUUGUGUGGAGGAUAUAUUGUAGUCUGUAUAUCUUAUAUAUCUAUGAAUUAAUCCACUUUUGCUGAUGGUUUUGAUUUAUCUCAUCUCUUGAGCUGUUUCCUCUCGUACUCAUUGGUCAUUAAAAUUUUCUACAAUAUCUGAUUACAUAGUUACCAAAUUCUUUUUUAAUGCUAAGCUGUUAGUCCAUUACCUCAAGACAAAGACAGCAAGUUGCACUAUUUAUUAAGUAUAGAAUAUAAAUCUGUUGUUCAACGUGAAUGAUACAAUGUACUAAAAAUGAUUAAGAGAGUCUGUGUGUUAUUGAUUGUUGGUUUAAAAUAUCUCAUUUUUUUGAUAAUUGUGUAUUUGUUCUGUUGAGAUGUAGAAAGUUAAUCAUCUAUUUGGAAGCUCGCUAGUAAGUGGCAGUGAAUGUGUUCAUUUUUCUCUUGUACAAAAAGUAAAACCUGUAUUACUAUUACAAUGUUAUAUUUUAAAUGUUACAGGUCUAAUGAAUAUUGUGAUAGUAGACAAUCUUUGACAUUUAGAAUGCAUAGAGCUCUUCCACAUGUUGCCAUAUUACUCUUGGUAAACAUGUCAAUAACAUUUAAUUAAUUGCUGAUUGUCCACUAACUACACGUUGUCCUAUAACCAUUUUUUUUUUAAAUUAUCAAAUGAUUAUGAAAUUUUUAAGAAAGAGAAAGACAGGUAUAUGUAAUAGGAUUAACAAACAUCUUUUCCCCUAACUUGCCAUGACUCUGUGAUCAAUUUGAAGGGGAGGUACCAAUAAAGAUGCGUGCAUUAACUACUGUUCUUGGUUUCUGGAUUUUUCUUUGAAAGGAAACAUCAUUCUUACCAGUUGCUUGAAUUUCUUCAUUUUUGUUGUUGUAGUAAUUGGUCUAGAAUUAUUUUUUUUUUGUUCAUUGUACUUUUGCUUUCAUUCUAAUAUGUAUUGCAUACCUGUGAAUCUGAUAAUCAAAGUUCUUGAUCUGUUAAUCUGAAUCAUGUGUGUUCUUUGUAGCCUAGAAUUUAUCACCAAAAUGACAAAUUGUUAAUUGCAAGUAUGUAUAUCAACUUGUGUCAUGUUGAGCAUUGAAGACUGCAUGUCUCAAAGGCCAUGCCUUGUAUGUUUUGUGAGAGUGUAUUUAUAAAUGUAUCAAACUUUUUAUAAAUAUAUUUCUUACCCAAA